AUGUCACUUGCAACUCAAGAAUCUGCUAUUGGUUUUCUAAAUUCCAUUCCUGUACUAAAAGGCAAUACCUAUGCAUCGUGGAGAAGCAAGGUAUUGAUUGGUUUGGGGAUUGCAAAUUUAGACUAUGCACUUCGGACGGAGCAACCCGCCCCUCUUACUGAUGAAAGUUCCGAUGAGGAUAAACGGAAUUUUGAGAGGUGGGAACACUCCAAUCGCAUGAGUCUUAUGAUUAUGCAACAUGCCAUCCCUGAAAACUUUCGCGGUACUGUCCCGAAAGAAGCAACUGCUAAGGAAUUCCUCGAGGCCAUUGAUAUGAAUUUCGCAAGCAAUGAAAAGGCCGAAACGGCUUCAUUGAUGCAUAAACUUGUGACUAUGAGGUAUAAUGGCCGAGGGGAAAUUCGGGAGCACAUUAUGGAAAUGUCAAACACUGCUUCAAAGCUUACGGCACUUAAUUUGACGAUCAGUGAUGAUCAACUAGUGCAUUUGGUUAUGAUAUCUCUUCCUCAUCAAUUUGAUCACUUCAAAGUUAGUUACAAUACUGUGAAGGAUAAAUGGUCAUUGAAUGAGUUGAUUUCUCAUUGUGUUCAAGAGGAAGAGAGGUUGAAGCAAAGUAAGACGGAAAGUGCUCACUUAGCAACAAGCUAUAGGGGGAAACGAGGAAAGGACAAGGGAAAGAGGAUUCUUUCCGAGUUCGCUAAAGGGAAGAGGAUUCUUCCCGAUUCCUCCAGAAAUGUUGCGGGUCCAUCUGCAAAACAGUUUAAGAAGGAAAGAUCAGGUUCAGUUUGCUUCUUUUGCAAGAAAGAUGGACACAAGAAGAAUGAUUGUGAAGAAUAUCACGCUUGGCGCGUGAAGAAGGGGUUGCCUCCAGUGCCGAAAGCCGAUUGAUGCUGAAAGAUUCAUCUAUGUGGGCGAUGGCAAACAAGUUGAAGUGGAGGCAAUAGGCACAUUUAGAUUAUUACUAAAAACUGGUUGUUAUUUGGAUUUAGAACAGACUUUUGUUGUACCGUCAUUUAGACGGAAUUUAAUUUCUAUUUCUGUAUUGGACAAAUUCGGUUAUACUUGUUCAUUUAGAAAUGGUAAAUUUAGUCUUUAUCUACA